AUGUGGAACGAUAAGUAUGAUUUGGAGUCGGCUCAGACUCCUCUAUACCCGACGAUGAUGGAGAGCCCCGAGCUCCGAUGGUCUUUCAUCCGUAAAGUCUAUUCCAUCAUCUCCAUCCAGCUCCUCGUCACAAUCGCCGUCGCAGCCACCGUCGUCAAAGUUCAUCCAGUAUCCGUCUUCUUCACCACCACCAGCGCCGGCUUCGCCCUCUACAUCCUUCUCAUCUUCACUCCUUUGAUUGUUAUGUGUCCCUUGUAUUACUACCACCAGAAGCAUCCCGUUAACUACCUAUUACUCGCCAUUUUCACCGUCUCCCUCGCCUUUGCCGUUGGCUUGACCUGCGCCUUCACCAGCGGGAAAGUCAUCCUCGAGUCUGUUAUUUUAACGGCCGUUGUGGUGGUUUCCCUCACUCUCUACACUUUCUGGGCUGCCAAGAGAGGCUAUGACUUCAACUUCCUCGGUCCCUUCCUCUUCGGUGCUGUCAUUGUCCUUAUGGUCUUCUCCUUCAUCCAGAUUCUCUUCCCUCUAGGAAAGAUCUCGGUGAUGAUCUAUGGUUGUGUGGCAUCCAUCAUCUUUUGUGGCUACAUUGUGUAUGAUACGGAUAACUUGAUCAAGAGACACUCCUAUGACGAGUACAUUUGGGCUGCUGUAUCGCUUUACCUGGACGUUAUUAAUCUCUUCCUAUCUCUGCUCUCUCUCUUGAGAGCUGCUGAUAGUUAG